AUGACUCAAACAAAAAUCCAGCGUGAAAUGGAGGAUCUCCAAUUGCAGAGCGACGAUUUGAGAAUGCAGGUGAAAAAGAUGAACAUCAAGCUCGCCAAUUUUGAAAACCAGAUGGAAGCCAAAUUGGAUGCUGAUUUGGAGAAUUUUUCAAAUGAGGCGGUGCCUGAAAGAGAAUCCAAGGAUGAAUUUCUUGUCACCCGAUCGAAAGAAAAAGGUGCAUUCUUGGUGAGAAGUUCUUUAGAAGACCGAUCACUAGUGAUUAAUUCUCAGGGAGGAACUUCAGGAUCUCAAAGUGUUUUUUGGGAAAAAGCCUUCGAGAUGAAUAGCAAGAUCAAUUGGAUACCCACUGCAAUUUCCGCUACGAUUCCGUCUCAACCCAAGAUCAAACUUCCAUCAAUUUCAUCACAGAAACCAGGAGAUUGGCUUAGGGAUGAGCCUUCAGGACUUUGA